GGGCCCCGGAGCAGGGGCCGCAGCCUCGGGCGGCGGGGCGGGGGGGGCGCCCCGAUGAGCCCCGAGUGCGAGGAGCCGCCGCCCCCCCGCGCAGGGCGCCAUGUUUUGGAAGUUUGACCUGCACACAAGCUCACACCUGGACACACUGCUGGAGCGGGAGGACCUGAGUCUGCCCGAGCUGCUGGACGAGGAGGACGUGCUGCAGGAGUGCAAGGUCGUCAACCGCAAGCUGCUGGACUUCCUGCUGCAGCCGCCCCACCUGCAGGCCAUGGUGGCCUGGGUCACCCAGGAGCCGCCAGCCAGCGGCGAGGAGCGACUGCGCUACAAGUACCCCAGCGUGGCCUGUGAGAUCCUGACCUCGGAUGUGCCCCAGAUCAACGACGCCCUCGGCGCUGACGAGUCCCUCCUGAACCGGCUCUACGGCUUCCUGCAGAGCGGCAGCAGUCUCAACCCGCUGCUGGCCAGCUUCUUCAGCAAGGUCAUGGGCAUCCUCAUCAACCGCAAGACCGACCAGCUGGUGUCUUUCCUGCGUAAGAAAGACGACUUCGUGGACCUGCUGCUGCGGCACAUCGGCACCUCAGCCAUCAUGGACCUCCUGCUGCGCCUGCUCACCUGUGUGGAGCGGCCCCAGCUGCGGCAGGACGUCGUCAACUGGCUCAAUGAGGAGAAGAUUGUCCAGCGGCUGAUUGAUCAGAUCCACCCGUCGAAGGAUGACAAUCAACAUUCCAACGCGUCCCAGUCCCUGUGCGACAUCAUCCGCCUGAGCCGGGAGCAGAUGAUCCAAGGCCAGGACGGCCCGGAGCCCGACCAGCUGUUGGCCACCCUGGAGAAGCAGGAGACGAUGGAGCAGCUACUGAGCAACAUGCUGGAGGGGGAGCAGAGCCCCUCUGUCGUCGUCAGCGGGGUCCAGGUGCUGCUGACCCUGCUGGAGCCCAGGAGGCCUAGGUCUGAGUCUGUGACCAUGAACAACUUCUUCAGCAGCGUGGACGGGCAGCUGGAGCUGCUGGCCCAGGGCGCCCUGGAGAGCGCGGCGUCCAGCAUGGGUGCCUUGCACGCCCUGCGCCCACGGCUUGCCCGCUUCCACCAGCUCCUGCUGGAGCCACCCAAGCUGGAGCCGCUGAGGAUGACGUGGGGCAGCCUGGCCCCGCCCCUGGGCAACACGCGGCUGCACGUGGUCAAGCUCCUGGCCAGCGCCCUGAGUGCCAAUGACUCGGCCCUGACGCAGGAGCUCCUGGCACUGGACGUGCCCAACACCCUGCUGGACCUCUUCUUCCACUACGUCUUCAACAACUUCCUGCACACCCAAGUGGAAAUGUGCGUGAGCGCCAUGCUGAGCUCAGGGCCCCCUCCCGACAGCAGCCCCGAGACGCCUGUCUCCAACCCUGUAGUGAAACAUCUGCUGCAGCGCUGCCGCCUGGUGGAGCGGAUCCUGACGUCCUGGGAGGAGAACGACCGUGUGCAGUCUGCAGGCGGUCCCCGGAAAGGCUACAUGGGCCACCUGACGCGCGUGGCCAAUGCGCUGGUGCAGAACACGGAGAAGGGGCCCAACGCCGAGCAGCUGGGGCGGCUGCUGAAGGAGCUCCCAGCUGAGCAGCAGGAGCGGUGGGAGGCAUUCGUGUCGGGGCCCCUGGCGGAGACCAACAAGAAGAACACAGUGGAUCUGGUGAACACCCACCACCUGCACUCCUCCAGUGAUGACGAGGACGACCGGCUCAAGGAGUUCAACUUCCCCGAGGAGGCCGUGCUGCAGCAGGCCUUCAUGGACUUCCAGAUGCAGCGCAUGACCUCAGCCUUCAUCGACCAUUUUGGCUUCAAUGACGAGGAGUUCGGGGAGCAGGAGGAAAGCGUGAACGCACCUUUCGACAAGACUGCCAACAUCACCUUCUCUCUCAAUGCCGACGAUGAGAACCCCAACACCAACCUGCUCGAGAUCUGCUACAAAGACCGCAUCCAGCAGUUCGAUGACGAGGAGGAGGAAGAGGAGGAGGAGGGCCAGGGCUCGGGGGAGUCAGACGGCGAGUACGGUGCCUGGCAGGGCAGCCAGCUGACACGGGGGCCCCGUGUGGGCCAGCCCCCUGGUGUUCGGAGUGGAGGCAGCACAGACAGUGAGGACGAGGAGGAGGAGGAGGAGGAGGAGGAAGAGGAGGGUGACAGCCGGGCUGCCCGAGGAGGGGCCGGACCCCCCUCCUACCCCAGCCCCAGCCCCCGGCCUGCUGGCCCCAGCUGGACAGCCACCUUUGACCCAGUGCCUACGGACGCCCCAACGCCUCCCCGAGUCUCCGGGGAGGAGGAGCUGUGCGCUGGGCCCCCAGCCCCGCAGGGGCCCCGUGACGAGCCCCAUGGCCUCCCCACGCCGAGCCUGGCCCCGCCCCCUGCCUGCAGUGCCCUGCAGCUCAGGUCUCAGACCCCCGGACCCCCCUCAGCACCUCAGGAAGCCGCAAAUGGCAGCAAAGCUGUGGAGCCCUCGGCCCCCUGCCAGGCCUUGGUCAGUGUCGGGGAGCUCCAGGCCACCCUCCACGAGAUGUGCUCCGCUCCCAGCUCCUUGGACAGUGCAACCAGAGACCCCUCUACCUCUGUCCCAGCCUCUGGGGCCCACCAGCUCCCCCAGACCACAGAGGGGGAAACGAGCCCCGAGCCCGCGGGGCUUCCCCAAAGCCAGAGUGCCCAGGCCCUGGAGCCUCCUCAGACGCCCAGCAGCUCGGCCGCAGGAGGGCCCAUGGCUGUGGGCUCCCAGUAGCUGCCUGGUCUUGAUGGUGGCCAAAUCCUCCGUCCUCCCCUCCGUGGACCCCUGGGCAGGGGCGGGUCAGGUCCACAGAUGGACCUCCUGCCUCCACCCCGCCCCACACACCCUCUCUGGUCUCCCAGGAGGCUGGUGCCAGGGAGAUAGGCCCCUUCUUACCCACCCCGUUUGCACUGAGAAGAGAAAUUACAGAGCUUGCCUCCUGGAAUAAAGAUAUAGAGAGUGGCACAGAGAGAGGAGAGAGACGUCUAUUAUAUAUUAUAUAUAUGUAUCAAGGGAGGAGGGCAGAGAGGAAGCAGCACGCCACGGGCCACCUGGGGGCCCGAGGCUGCCGCCCACACGCCCGUCCUGUGCUCUGGUGCAGACACCCACGCCCACACCCAGCCUUUGAGCUCAGGUCCACCUUGGGGGCGGCUGGUGAGGGCGGGCGUUGGGGCCCGAGGAGGGGCAGUGCCUUCACCUAGACCCUGCACUUCCACCCAGGGACCCGGCCUUGGGGAGCAGGGGCCUCCCCGGCAGCAUCCCAGAGGCCCUGACUCUUGGCUGGGCCGCCCUGCGCCCUGAGGGUCUGGGGUCGCAGCCCCGCUGCCAAGUGGCCUUGUCCCACUCCCUGCCCCGGGCUGGCGUGCGUGUGCGUGUGCGUGUGUCCGUGCUGAGCUUCUGUUUCAUAUUGCAAAUAUAAAUAAAGGAAGACGGUUUACGA